AUGGAACAAAGGGUUGCGGCGCAACUGGCUGCGGAGCGGGACCGGGUCCAGCGGGAAGCAGGAGAACGAGCGAGCGAGGCGCACAGGGCAGAAACCGCACGUCUGCAGCAGAUAGCGGAACACAUGGAUCGACGGGCCCGAGAGGCAGAAGAGAAGGCUGCAUCCCACGCGGCCGAGCUGGUGCGGGUGCAAAAGGAAGCGGAUGAAAGAGCCGCCCAAGCUGCCGAACAGGUCCGCGCACAGUGGGACGCCGAACGAGCGGCUCAACAGGCUCACCGGCAUGAGGAAACGGAAGCGAUGGCCCGUCGUGCGAGAGAGGCCGAGGAUCGAGUGGCCGCACAGGCGGCCGAGCUGGAGCUGCUACGGAAAGAGGCCACCGAGGGAGCGGUCCAGGGUGCCGGGGGAAGCGCGAUGGCUCUCGCUCAGUUGCAGAAUGAGACCCUUGAGGGACCGGCCGAGCCGGCUCCCGAAAAUAUUCCAUUGCCUCUCGACGACGACACUACGAUGGCCGGGCUGGCUCCCGAAAAUGUUCCACUGCCUCCCGACGACACUCCGAUGGCUCCCGAAAAUGUUCCACUGCCUCCCGGCGACGACACUCCGAUGGCCGAGCCUGCCAGGCGUGUCACCCAGCUUGAUGUGUCAGGCUUGAUGGCAAGAUGGCGGGAACGAGCGGCGCUGCUGGACACCGAUGACGCGCCGUUGCCUCGUAAUACUCAUACACCCGUCAAGCGGCGGCGAGCUAAACUCGCCGGAAUCAGAAAAUCUCGGAUGCAGUACAAGCAGGGGCGACGAGCCGUCAAUCGAACUGCUAACCAUAUCUCAGCGAUCAAUGACCAGUCGCAACAGAACGCCGACAACCGCGGUUCUGUCCCUCGCUUGCAGAUAGACGAGUCAUGCGGAGCAGAUGUCCCAGCACCACCGAGCCAUCCGCAGGGCGUGCAGUCAGAAACAAAUCAGGCGCGAGCCACAGAUGCCCCUGCUGCCGGAGAUGACGCGGAGGUCGAGAGAGCAAUUGCUGACAAUCUCGAUGAGAUGCUGGAGGGUGACGCGGAACAGAGAGCCGCAGGCGAGCAUGACGUGCAAGAACGCACCCGGUGGGAGAGAGAACAACGCGCCCUGCUGGAGAUAGAACACGGUGCCUUGGUUGAGAACACACGCAUCGAAUCAGAAAAGCGGGUGGCGCAGGAGCGAGCCCUGGCUCUCGCUCAACUGCAAAGCCAGGUGGCCGACGAAACCACUGACAGUGCGCAACGUGAAUCCAACACCGCUACCGCUACGCUUUCCCGGCCCAUCACCCGCUUCGACGCGCGGAGCGUGAUCACAGGAUGGCGCCAGCGAGGAAGUGUGCUGGGCAAUGAUGAAGCGCGACCGCCCCGGGACACUCACAAGAAAACUCCCACUGGACACCAGCGAGUGAAUCCAGCUGGAAUUAAAAAAUCUCGGACGGCAAAGCAAGCUGCCAACCGGGCCGGCGGCCAUAUUGCAGCGAUGCAUACCCGGCUGGGAUGGCACCCCGAGGACCCGAGUUCAACCCCAGUGCCACAAAUAAGGGAGCCGUCAUCGGCGACGAAUAUGCCGGCAACACAGGCGGCAGUGCCAAAUCAACUGGAAUGGAAAUGUCGAAGAUGA